AUGUCGGGCACCAGGAUCAGCCUCUCGGGGGUUCGUGGGAAGAACGGCGCGACCGGGACACUGCUGAGCAGCUUCGGAGAUGGCAAAUGGAAGGUGGAGCUGGACCAUGAUCUGGGCAGUGCGAUCGUCCAUGAGAGCAACCUCCAGCUGCUGAGAGAUCUGGAGGGCCCGGUCGACCAGCGAACCAAGGAUGAGCGCACGGCCUUGCGCCGGGCCAAGAUCCAAGAGAAACGGAGCCAGCUGCUGGAGAAGAAGGCCGCCAAGGGUCAAGCCUUGGAGGAGAAGGUGGCCACCAAGCAGCGACGCAGGACCUACUACAUCGCUGGGAGCUGGAAUAGCUGGCAGCCCGAAGAAAUGACCUGGAGUGAGGAGCAAAACUUCUUCUCCAGCACCAUCAAGGUUGCAGGACCCGAGGCUUUUCAAGUCUAUUUGGACCCGAACGGCCACUCGUGCUUGCACAGCGGCGACGUUCCGCAGCGAUGCCCUCAGGGGGGGGUCCUAGUGCAGGGCCCUGACCCCAAAUGGAGGUGUGAAGGAUUUAACUUCAAGAUGGCCAAGAUCGAAGAAGGUGGACUUUACCACGUGAGGCUGCUGUUGGAUGUGAAAGGCUUCGCCAAGAAGAUCUUCGGAUCUCGCCUUCCCAGCUCUCACGGUCACCCGGAACUCCCCCGUUACCCCGGGCUCUCCAUGUCUAAACGACCGGAGUUCACGCCCGCGACCGAACGCGAAGAGGAGAAGUUCCGCCGUUUGGCCCGGUGCGGCCCUUCAGCGACUUCAGCGACUGAAGAGCGGUUGGUGGUCGACGCAGGAAGCAGAUGCCGGCAACGAGACCUGCUGCAGGACCUGAUGGCGAAAGCACCUGUCCAGAGGUCGGGCAUCAUUCGAGCCAGCUCGCUGCAAGACGCCGCCGCCCAACGUCACAACAUCUACAGAGCUGUGGAGAUGGAAGCUGAGGAUCAGGAACGGACCUUGGAAUUCCUGACUCGAGAGGGGCGGGGCUCACAACGCUCAAAGACCUUGGUCGAAGGCGAUGCCUGGCCCCUCAGGGAUCAAGUGAAUCAAGGGCGCAGGGCGACCAGCAUUGGUGGACCGGCGCACGAGCUCCGCAGCUCCAGCAUCGAUUCCCCGUGGUGGGCGGCUGGCACCUCGCCUAGCUCAAGACUGCAGGGCCGAUAUCACAUGAUGAAUACGCGGAGCAGCGCCGCCUCCGAGCGCAAUCCCAGUGAUAUCAUGUACGGCUCCCGUACUUCCAGGCUUACCAUAAGCCCUGCUCCCACGGAGCUGCGCCGACAAGCCAGUCCUGCCCCAGAGAUCCCAUCCUUGGGUCGAGGCAGCAGAGGUGUUCUUCGAAGCUCUGUGGCGCCCACAGCUCUUGAAGAAAGUCCAGGCGAGGACGCCUUUCCGGACGACGCAGCGGCAGCUGGACACCGUCCGUGUUGCCCCAGGCCGGUCCAGAGGGCCUCGCUCCAGAACUGCGAGGGAGUGGGCGCCUCACCGGGCGCCCGCUCGGAGAAGGAGUUGUUGACCUUCUGGGGACGAAGCGACAGUAUUAGUGACGAGCGGCUGCCAAUGAUGCUGGCCGCCACGUCGCCCGCGGGAUACGCGGCAGACCAGCUCGAGGCGAUCGAGUUGGAGCCGGAUUUCUAUGCACUCUCCCUGUCACCCCAGGCGUCCUGUUGGGCAGCCUUUUGUGCGCCCAUCAUUUCAGCCAUUGCCCAGCUGGCAGUGCUGUACUUCUUAGCCUUCCAGAACGAGAACAUGUUCGAGGGCGGCAAGUGGAAGCAACCGAUUUCACCUUACGGGAGCCGCGAGAGGGAGGGAACGACGCGGCGAGGAG